AUGGCGUCCGAAGCAGUGCAGGUGGAGCUCCUCCAAACCCAGGCCCAGGCCAGUAUGUUCAAGACGAUGCUGCACAACUCUGCGUCCGGUCCGGAUGGACAGCCGCCCAUAGGCACGGCCGCUCUGCACCAGCCUCCCUCCCCGACGCCCAUGGAGACAGCACAGAGGGAGGGGAAGAGGGGUUCAGAGGAGGAGGCGACCUCCAAGGGCAGCGGCUCGGGCAAGGGGCCGAACAAGUGGCCGCGACGCGAGCAAGAGAAAGGCAACCCAGGACGAUCUAGGAAUGGUUGGGGAAAUCACGGCAACUGGGGAGGACACUGGAACUCCCAGUCCCGGGACUCCUCGGAACUCCGCGACCUAUGCCUGAUGAUGUCGAGGCUGGUAUUAAGGCACGAGGAUGCACAGAGCAUAGCCCGGACCGAAACCGGCUUUGUUCUUUUCUGCCAGACCCAGGGACUCCUAUCUGCCCUUCCAGACCUCAUGAAAGCCAACGAUGUCUGGAAGAAGGCAAAGGAAGAGAUGCCGGAGACAUUGACCAUGCCACUAAGAUCCGCGGAGAGCAUUGCCAACGCCAAGGAAAUGUUGAUCCUCAACGAGGACAACAAGGUCCCCUACCUCCAGUACAAUUCUCAAGAGAAGAAGAUGGAGAUAAAGACCGAUCGGGAGCCCAUGGAGCUAUCGGACGUCAGGGAGCACCUCAAAGACCUACAGGGUCUGAUCAUACUUCCGAUGACUGUGAUCCGUUUCCAUGCCACACGCCGCCAUUCCCAAGACCUCAAGGGAGAGAUUCUGCCGAUGGUUCUGGAGAUUGGUCUGAGAACCAGAGAGGCGGACCAAGCAUGGCAGAUGUUUACCCGACUCUGCCACUCCGGCGCGUGUCGGGCCAUGGCUAUGUCGAUGCGGGCGGACAAGAUGGGCAGGUCUGCAUUGGCUACCAACCUCCAGAAGAUGACAGAAAGCAUGUCAGGUCCUUAA